AUGUUCAUCGCCGCAACCCCGUAUACCAGACUCCCGGCAUUCGGAGCUUCAGACGAGUCGGCGAGAAUCAUGAUCAAUAUAAGAUGGAAGGUGCAUCAGGUGUAUGGCCUGGCCGGGCGAGGCACAUCUGUGUUCUGUGGCACUGUAACUUCGGCAGCCUCUGAGCGCUCCGGCAAGGUUGAGUCUUCUGGCAACAGCCCUGUGGCUGUCGGUGCGACUGCGGCGUCCAAACCCUCCACGGAGCUGCGAGAGGUAACAGUAAAGAUCUACUGGCAGGAGGAAUCGCGUUCAUACCAAGCCGAGGGUCCCGGGGAAGCGUCCACGAUGGGGUUUAAGAUGGAUGCCUUGGGUCAUCAUCCGGAUCCGCUUUUCGCGUGCGACGUUCCCGAAUGUUCAACAUGGUUUAUUCGGAAAAAGCUCGGUCUUGAACGAGCUGAAGACCGGCGUCCCUCUCGUUUCCUCCGGCUGGCCGUGUUCCUCCGCCCGAGGUGUAUCACCACGUUGGUCGGCGCGGCGUUCAUGAAAGCGUGGCUUGAUUGCGUUCGCAGCCGCUAUGCGCUUUGGGAGCUGGGCAUCGAGGAUGUCAAGCCCAGAUUGUCAAUUCUCAUGGCCGGCGAGGGUGACCGCGGGUUCUUGAUCGACUGGGAGCUCGCGACGAUGUUCGGGCAGUCGAGUCACGACGAGGCCUCCCACCUUGAGACCGUGCCCUUCAUGGCCCUAGACUUACUCGACGAGGAAUAUUGGGCCGGCAAGAUCAAGCGCCAGUAUCACCACGGCCUCGAAGGCUUCCUGUAG